AUGGCCUUCCUAAGACUAAGAACCCAACCCAUCCGUCGAAUACCCCCAUUAUUUAGAACAUAUACAUCCCAUCACUAUCUCCCCAGAGACAUCCCCAUCGAAGAAGAAACCCUCCCCCACUACAAUCCCAAGCAAUACUACCCCGUCAACAUAGGCGACAUCUACCACUCCCGAUACCAAAUCAUAGGGAAACUCGGAUACGGAAGUACUUCUACGAGCUGGGUAUGUCGGGAUCUUCGGUGUGCACUACCCUUUAUCUUAUACUCAGACUCCCAUAACCGCGAGUACAGAGUGUAUGAACACCUCGCCAACGUAGUAGUUGAAAAGGGAUGUUUACAUCCGGGGAGUAUACACCAAUGUCUCCUCCUCCAACCCAUGACCAUGUCCCUUCACGAUAUGCUCCAACUAAACCCUAGUAAACCGUUCGAUCUCCCGCUGCUGAAAAUGACUAUUAAGCGGAUCCUCCUCGCGUUGGACUUUUUGCAUGUGGAGGCCGGGGUGGUUCAUACUGAUAUAAAACCAGAUAACAUCCUCCUCACCCUCCACGACCCCACCCUCCUCCCCUCCUUCGCAGCCGCGGAAUCUACAUACCCUAGCCCUAGAAAGGUAGUAGUAGUAUCAUCAUCAUCUCUAAACUACGGCCUCCCCACGCUCUGCGACUUCAGCGAAGCGCGCAUCGGCACUGUCCAGAGGGAUACGGGACCCUUCAUCCAACCGAGUAUUUAUCGUGCACCGGAGGUCAUCUUUGAGAUGGAUUGGGGGUGUAGUAUUGAUGUUUGGGGGGGUGGCGGGUGUUGCGCCCACCUCUUCGGAGAAGAUAGUAUAUUCGACCCCGUGACAGGCCACCACGAUCCAUUCCGCCAUUUAGCGCGCAUGGUAGCGGUGAUUGGAUCACCGCCACCGGGGGAGUUUGUCCGGAGGAGUACCUGGAUUGCCCACGAUGAAGCACCCAUACCCAGUAAUGUAUCUCUAGAGUCAUUGGAAUGGCGUUUGACUGGUACGGAGAAAGAAGUUUUUCUGGGGUUUAUGAGGGAUAUGUUGAAGUGGAUGCCGGAGGAGAGGAGUACGGCGGGGGAGUUGUUGGGGCAUGAGUUUUUGAGGUGA